CUUCCGUAGUCUCAUGAAAUCUUAUACUGAAAGGUAUAGUGUCACUUUAAGAACCAGUGAGGGGGAAGUACUCACUGUUGCAGAUCUGGAAAGGAAAACCGUGGUCCAGAAAACAACAUUCUACACACAUACUCUGCCUAAGUGGCUUGCCAGUCUGCCUCUAGAAGAGCAUUCUGAUCUCACCAGCUACUCAUACAUUGGAGACUGCUUUUGCUGACCCAGAUUACUUGCAUGUGGUGAUGCCAACCCCGUGGAUGGUGGUGGUUUUUGUGAAGGGAAUGACUCUAUCAGAAUGUCACAGUCUGGAACAGACAAUCAUAGAGAGCGUAGCUGCCUCGGAGCUCGAUUAGCACUGAUUGGUGGUUCCGGUGCCGCGCUGGCCGUCCUGUUCGUUCUGGGAGAUGCGGUGACGGGACUUGGGAGUGGGCCUCGCGGGCUGUCGCCAUGGCUAACGUGUAUUCCCUGGACGGGCUAUUGGUGUUUGGUUUGCUUUUCGUGUGCACCUGCGCCUACUUCCGGAAGGUGCCUCGGCUGAAAGCGUGGCUGCUGUCGGAAAAGCGAGGGGUCUGGGGAGUAUUCUACAAAGCUGCGGUGAUUGGUACCAGGCUCCAUGCGGCAGUAGCAAUAUCCUGCAUUGUCAUGGCUUUUUAUGUCCUCUUCAUAAAAUGAAUCCCAGUGCUUCAGAUGGACAGUAUUGUUUGAAUGAAGAUGCUAAAAAAGGCACAUCUCUUUUGCUUCAGAGGACAAUAUCUCUUAGAAGAAUUGACACAGCACCCUGCACAGAUGUCAAGAGGAAAUUCUCCUAUGACCAAGCCUUGUUUGAGACCAAGGGAGUGGCUUUUGUAACAGCAACCAUCCUCUGUGCUUCCAAUAGAACCUGAAUGGAAACAACAAAGAUUGCUUUAUGUGCAGAUUAUUAAAAUCAACAUUAUAAUCUGCACAAGGGAAAAAAUACAAGCUUGUGUUGCUAAUAGAAAUGAAUAACAUAAAGUGUUUGUGGCAAAUAGAAAUGGGUGAGGCUUUCUGGAAUGCUAUGAGGUAGGACAAAGUUUGCAUUCCUGGUGUGUUAAAGGGAAUUGCCCCCAAAGGUGGUAAUUGACAGCAAAGGAGGGAUAUAGAUUUGCUUUCAUUAACUGUUCUCUUUGAUUAAUGCACUUUUAAGAUUGGGAGCUAAAGCUAUCUUUAAAAUUAGUGACUGGACAUGGUAAAGUAGCUAGUGGCAGAAUAAAAAAUUAUUUGCAAUGUUCAGAGAAGUGCUUAUGUACUGUUUUACCCUUGAAGAGAAAACUAUCUGGAUCACAAAGAAAAAUGAAUGCUUUUUGGCGCUAUAGUCAUAUUCCCUCAGAGCAACUAAUGGCCUUACAGCUUAUUAAGAGUAGCUGAAAAGUUUCGUGUUCUGUUAAGCUUAGCUGACAAGUAUGGAUCACCAAUGAUUCAAAUAUAGCCACAGUUUUGGGGUAUUAAUAUAUAGGAGAAAGCAAUGAGGACAUAUGCUGUUACAUAAGUUAAUAGAUGUUAAAAUGUUUAAAUCACAUUUAAAGAUCAUAACUUGUAUAUUUUGAAAAGUGUACAGCCUUUAAAGCUAAGUAUUCAUGUUUGCUUUCUGUAUUUUAUUUUUAAUGAUAUAAAUUUUUUUCUCCCCUCCCCCCUCUACCUUGCGUCUUUGAAUGGUCCUCUCCCAUCCAACCUCCAUGUUUAAAUUGUAGGAAGUAAUCUACUACAGUUGGAGUAGGAAAAGAAUAUGUUUAACCUGUAUAUUUAUGGUUGUAAUGUUGAGAGCACUUGAAGGGGAGAAAUUUGCAAGAGAUUUCAGGAUUGGGACUUAAUUUUUUAAAAUCAAUUUUUGUAUGAUACCAGUUAAAUCUGAAAAAGAAAGUCAAGUUAUUUUUCAACUUCAUACACUUUGUCACAGGCAGGAACUGUCACUUUGCACAUGUUUAUAAAUCAGUAAGAAGUAUACUGGAACCCUAACUUGGCCUUUUGAGUAUUCCAGGACUGUGUGUGUGAAUAAAUCUGCCUUAUUUUUCUUCCCCAUACCUCA